AUUUGUCAAAUAACGCGGUGUACAUCCGAAUCUUGGAAUACGGUGUUGAGCGACGGAAAGAAGGGGGUUCACCAAUUUCGGCCAUCUUUAGCGAAGUAAGCACGAGGCUUUUUCACGGUUAACCUGUGUCAUCAUCGGUUGAAAAGAAACCGGCAUUUAAUGGUUUUGGGAAACAAAUUUUGAUACUUCACUGCGAGAACAGGAUAUUCAUCCUCAUUAAAAAGAUGCCUUCCAGUCAGCCUCUACCUCCCAAAGAAAAUGCCCUGUUUAAAAGAAUUCUGAAAAGUUACGAACAAAAGCAGUAUAAAAAUGGACUUAAGUUUGCCAAACAGAUUCUCAGCAAUCCAAAGUUUGCUGAACAUGGAGAAACCCUCUCAAUGAAAGGUUUGACUCUCAAUUGUAUGGGAAGAAAGGAAGAGGCUUAUGAACAUGUUCGUAGAGGUCUUCGUAAUGAUCUCAUGUCUCAUGUCUGUUGGCAUGUGUAUGGGCUAUUACAGAGAUCAGAUAAAAAAUACGAUGAGGCAAUCAAAUGCUACAGGAAUGCAUUGAAAUGGGAUAAGGAUAAUGUUCAAAUUCUAAGAGACUUGUCACUACUUCAGAUCCAGAUGCGUGAUCUUGAGGGAUAUAGAGAUACAAGGUAUUCUCUCUUGAGGCUACGACCUGGCCAACGAGCUUCUUGGAUUGGAUUUGCCAUGGCUUACCAUCUACUUCAUGAUUAUGACAAUGCUCUCCAAGUUUUAGACGAUUUCAGAAAAACUCUUACCAAAUCCAGCUAUGACUAUGAGCAGAGUGAGCUUUUACUCUACAUGCAUCAGGUUAUGUUUGAAGGUGGUCUUUAUCAGAAAUCUUUGUCUCACCUUCAACAAUUUGAAGAACAAAUUUGUGAUAAAUUGAGUUUAAUGGAAGCUCGAGCACAACUCUACCUCAAGCUCGAUCGCCAGAAAGAUGCCGAAGAAGAAUACCGUAAAUUGCUAAAACGCAAUCCGGAUAACCGGCAGUAUUACUUUGGAUUAGAAGAAGCUCGUGGACUGACCAAUGAAGAUAUAAAGCUGCAAAUGUAUGCCGAGCUUCGCGAGUCUUAUCCACGGGCCAUUUUGGCCCGAAGAAUACCACUUAGUUAUGCCAGUGGAGAAAAGUUUCGUAGUUUGGUAGACCAAUAUCUACGUCACGCACUGCACAAGGGCGCUCCUCCUCUAUUUGUCGAUUUACGUUCGCUGUACGCCCAACCAGGAAAAGCAGCCAUAAUCGAGGAGCUCUUACUCGGUUACAUAGCUAGUUUAAUUAAAUGUGAACGAUUUGACGAAAAAGAUGUGAAGGAUGGUCCAGCAGAACCGGCUUCAGCCAUUUUAUGGACUUACUAUUAUCUAGCCCAGCACUACGAUUUUCAUAAGGAUUCCGCCAAAGCGUUGCAUUAUAUUAAUUUGGCCAUUGAUCACACUCCGACGUUGAUCGAGCUCUAUGUGACGAAAGGACGACUGUUUAAGCAUGCUGGAAACCCUAUCGAAGCUUACCGCUGUUUAGAUGAAGCCCAGUCUUUAGACACUGCCGAUCGGUAUAUCAAUUCAAAGUGCGCAAAAUAUAUGUUGCGGGCAAAUCUUAUCCAAGAAGCAGAAAUGACGUGCUCAAAAUUUACGAGGGAAGGGGUGUCGGCCAUGGAAAAUUUGAAUGAAAUGCAGUGUAUGUGGUUCCAAACAGAAUGCGCCGUGGCUUAUCAACGCAUGGGGAAGUGGGGAGAGGCAUUGAAAAAGUGCCACGAAGUCGAAAGGCAUUUCGUCGAAAUCAUCGAAGACCAAUUCGACUUUCAUACGUAUUGCAUGCGUAAAAUGACUUUGCGGGCUUAUGUCGGUUUGUUACGACUUGAAGACGUAUUGCGCUCACACCCUUUCUACUUUAGCGCUGCACGAUGCGCCAUCGAAGUUUAUUUGCAUUUGCACGACCACCCACUUCAAGACGAACCAACGAAGGAGGAGCUUCAAGAAGCUUCUCUACCACCUUUGGAAUUGAAAAAAUUGCGUGCCCAGCAACGCAAGGCUGCCAAAAAGGCAGAGCAAGAAAAACAGGAGAAGCUGCUUCAACAGCAGCGUGAACAACGUGAGCGCGAGCAACGGGAACGGGAACAACGAGAUCCGCAUAGUCACCACCAGAAACGAAACCAUAAUCAACAAGAUAAGGAAGCCGAUGCUCCACCUGUCGACGACUUGCAACCACAGAAAUUGGCCAGGGUUGAAGACCCACUCGAUCAGGCCAUCAAAUUCCUGCAGCCAUUGCAGGAAUGGGGCUCUAAUCAUAUUGAAGUCCAUUUAUUGGCUUUCGAAGUUUAUUUGAGAAAAGGCAAGCCUCUUCUGAUGCUUCAAUCGGUAAAGCGUGCCUUAAAAGUAGAUCCCAACCAUCCACAGGUGCACUCGUGUCUCAUCCGAUUGCAUCGUUUCCUCACCAAAGGUGACCUGCUCAGUGAGAAUGUUUCCCACCCUGCCGUCGCAUCGGUGUUGAAUAGUGAAACCCAGCCGUUGUUCUCUAACCACAACGACGCCGAACAGCUCAAUAAAGAAUUCUUGGAGCAAAACAAAAACUCUCUCCCUCAUCUACUGCAAGGAGCUAAAAUGAUGUGCUUUCUCAAUCCCACCCGCGAAGCCGAAGCCGUUGCCCUUGUUUCCCGGUUUUCGGACGCCUAUCAGGGCAUAACGGUUCAGACUUGCUCGGACAUUUUGAAAGCGUUUCAGAAGGGUGAAUUUGGAGAGGCAGGUCGUCAAGAAAUUGACAAUUUCAAAACCCUUUGUCACCAGCGCAUGCCCCACGCCGUCGACUUUUUUUCUGGUCAACAAGUUACUCCCUCCGCGAAUCACAAUCAUACGGUGGAGGAAGUAUUGACAAAUCACGUCUCUAAUUUGACAGUUGAAGACGGAACCAAUUGAAAUCCACUUAAUUCAAUAUGAAGAACAUUCAAAAGUAUCAACAUCAAUGAGAAAAAAUUAGGUAUAUGGUUUUUAGCCGAGGCGGUUUCACUUCUGUCUUUAUUGUGGUCUUUCUAUUUUGGGAGGGUAAGAAGAAAACAAACCUCAGAAGCGGAAAUACUUUUGUCGUCUGCUCUAACACUGAAAGUUCGGGAUUUCUUUACAUUUAGAAUGCUCGAAUCACAUACCCCAGCCAUGGAACAACAAUUUGUUUUGUUUAUUUUUUUUUCGUCAACAGUAACAAGUCCUUUGUGUGCCUUGGCUGGAAGUGAAAGUCAGAAUAAUCGUUUUUGAAACCAAUACAUUUUUCUCAGUUAAAUUAAAAUAAAUUCCUAAUUGGUUUUUUUUGCUUUAGUAAAAAAUUCUGUUUUUGUCUCGGUAAUCUCUUAGGCGCGCUAACAGUUAAUUUCUAUUCUACCCUUUUGUUUACUUUUCUUUUGUCACCCCUCCAUGAGCUAAGGAGUGAAUUGGCGCGUUUAUGGCAUGAAAGUUGUGUGUGAAGAGAUGAAUACACAGUGUAGAACCUUU